GAGAAGUGAGGCCGAGAGAGAUACACACACCCACCCACCCACUUUAUCUUCCCUCACACUCGCACACACUUCACAAACACAAAUCAAACCCCUUUCUCUUUUCUUUCCUUUCAAAAAUCCCUUUUUUCUUCUUCUGUAAUUGAUCAUUUUUAUUUUAUUUUUUGGGUUUCAAUUCCCCUGUUUUGAGAAAUCAAGAUCUGUUUUUUUUUUAAUUUUCUCAGUAGUUUCUCCGGUCAGAUCUGCUCCGAGGGCGUAUUUGUUGUCCCUCCGGCGUUUGAUCUGUAGAAUUUAAAGGGGAAAAAGCUAAGGGGUUUCUUUGUUAUUUGAGAACCUCUGGUUUUCCGUUUCUUCUUGAAAUUUUAACUUGAUUUUGUUCAGAACAGAGCUUUCAUGGCGGCUACCUUGGAUCUGUGGAGUAGUGUGGGCGUAGAUCUCCGUUCUUAUGAGCAGCCUUUUAAUGGCGGCGGGGAUCUCAUGGACGCGCUUGGGCCUUUUAUGAGAAGCGCGUCGCCCUCACCUUCUUAUUCAUCAUCUUCUUCUUCUUCGUAUCCUUCCACCUCUACUCGGGGGUUCGAAACUGGGUUUUCGGGUUGCGACAUUGAGCAGUUGGGCUCUAUUGGGCUCAACCCGCUGACGACUGUCCAGAUCAACCAGAUCCAGACCCAGAUCGGGCUUCAGGCCCAGCAACUGUUGGGCUCUUCUCCUUCUUCUUCUGAUCAGAUCCAGUGGGCUCACCGUGUUCCGAACUCGAGCUUUCUGGCGCCGAAGCCGGUACCCAUGAAGCCGACCGCGGCGGCGGCGCCGCCGAAGCCGGCGAACCUGUACCGCGGCGUCAGACAGCGGCACUGGGGCAAGUGGGUCGCCGAGAUCCGCUUGCCGAAGAGCCGGACCCGGCUCUGGCUCGGAACCUUCGACACGGCGGAGGAGGCGGCGCUCGCCUACGACAGCGCGGCGUACAAGCUGAGAGGCGACGCCGCCCGGCUCAAUUUCCCGAACCUCCGCCACAGCGGCUCCGUCAUCCGCGGCGAAUUCGGCGAGUUCAGGCCGCUCCAGUCCAACGUCGACGCCAAGCUGCAAGCCAUCUGCCGGAACAUGGCGGAGAACGGCGGCGUCGCCGAUUCAAGGAACCCGAAGCCGAACCCGAGAAAGCCGAAGGAAGAGGCCGCGUCUGAAGAUCUCAAGAGCAGUCUGGCUGGGGAAGGUGGGUCCGAGAGCUACGGGUCGGAUUCCGGGUCGUCUCCGCUCUCGGAUCUAACGUUCCCGCAAUUCGCGGAGGAGGAGUCCACGUGGGACAUGUGUUCGGAUCUUCAUAAAUACCCGUCCAAUGAGAUCGAUUGGGAAUCGCUGUAAAACGUUUCGAACUUCUUUUUUUUUCUUUUUUCUUAGUGGUCCAGGUGGCAUGUGAUGACGUAAGGGUGGGGGCCAGCUGCAUGAUGUUUUUUGAAAAUGCAGAGUGGUUAUUUACUGAGUCAGUCCUUGUAUUAGUUAAUAUUGUAAGUUAGUACCCCAAACUGGGUGGCCAGUGGUUUUUGUCUUGGCCGGACCAGGGAAUCCAUGGGUUUGUAACUUUGUUGCUGUCAAUAUUUAUGUUAUUGUUGUUCUCUUCUGUUUUUUGAAAUUGUAGUUUCCCCCCCUCCCCCUAAAUAAAUCUCACUUUCAUUG